AUUCUCAGUUCCAACACUUUUCCUGCACCCCUCCUCCCAGCCCCAGAUAUCGUACAGCCUCUCUUUCCUUGUUAUUCCAGAACUGGACUCCAAACUUGUGUCCCGUAUCCCUGCCUCAUCCAGACGGAUUACAUCCAGCUAGUUCACAGGUCUUUCCGUUAUCUUCAGCCCUCCUGGGGGAGGUCUCCCCUUACGGACCGUACUUCCCAAGGAUCAGAACCGAACGUCUUCUACGCAGGAGACGACCAGCAGAAAUAAUGAAGAUGACGCGGACUCUCUCCAUUGUACCUGCUAUGUUUUUGCUGGUGAACAUAAAGCUUGGCAUAUCUCUCAACCCAAAUGACCCCAAUGUCUGCAGUUACUGGGAAAGCUAUACCACGGCAGUAAAGGAGUCCUACGCCCAUCCAUACACCAACACAGCCCCGGAUGCUUGUACGUGGAACUAUUUCAAGACAUGCACGCAGCCUAAGAUAAUGUAUAAGACCGCUUACCGCCACGGAGUUAAGCUGAACUACAGGAAGAGGUACCGAUGUUGCCAGGGAUAUUAUGAAAGCAGCGACGUCUGUGUCCCACAUUGCAGCCGGGAAUGUGUCCAUGGCAGGUGCGUGGCACCGGAUCAGUGCCAAUGUGAGCCGGGCUGGCGAGGGAAAGACUGCUCCAGUGAAUGCAAACCUGACGCGUGGGGACCAAAGUGCAACAGUUCCUGCGCUUGCCAAAAUAAUGGGGUAUGUGAUGCAGGUUCGGGGUCCUGCAUUUGCCCUGCAGGGUUCAAGGAUGCGUUCUGUGAAAAGCCCUGUGAUCCGGGCAGCUAUGGACUGAACUGUUUGCUGGACUGUCAGUGCCGGAACGGAGCCAGCUGUGACCCGGAGAGUGGGGCCUGUCAGUGCCUAGAAGGAUUCACAGGGCCCUACUGUGAGAUCAGAUGCACCGAGAGUCAGCCGUCCGUGUUCCAGUGCCCGGAGCAUUGCCCUUGUCAGGGUGGCGGCAUCUGUAACCAGAGUGGGACAUGCAUCUGCCCACCAGGAUGGAUGGGUCCUAUAUGCUCCAUCCCUUGCCCGCCUGGAUACUACGGACCCGGAUGUGAACAGGAAUGCAGUUGCCAUAAUAGUGGGCAAUGUGACCCGGAAAGUGGGCAGUGCCAGUGUUCUCUGGGGCACAUGGGAGAUCGGUGUAGAGAGGAGUGUCCCAUCGGGAAGUAUGGCCGGGACUGUAAAGAAAGCUGCGACUGUGUGAACGGGGUGCGCUGCUACCACAUCAACGGGGCGUGUCUGUGCGAAGCCGGCUUUUCUGGGACCAACUGUGAGGAGAGGAUAUGUAAAUCCGGCAUGUAUGGGGUGCAUUGUAACAUGCAGUGUCAGUGUGACCUCUUCCACACUAAGAGCUGUCACCCGAUGACUGGAGAGUGUACCUGUGAGACGGGCUGGGCCGGCCUGUUUUGCAACGAGACCUGCCCCCAUGGUUACUAUGGAACCAACUGUCAGGAGCCGUGUCUGUGCCUCAACGGGGGAACCUGUGACAGCGAGACCGGUGAUUGCCGCUGUUCCCCUGGUUUUUCAGGAAGUCACUGCUCAGUCUACUGUCCAGAGGAAACCUACGGAGACAGAUGCUCUCUGAAAUGCAAGUGUGAAAACCACCUGGCGUGUUCCCCGAUUGAUGGGACCUGUGUGUGUAAGGAAGGCUGGCAGAAAGGAGACUGCUCUGUUCCUUGCCCCGAGAGAAGUUGGGGUUUCAACUGUAACAGGACGUGUGAAUGUGCCAACGGUGCCUCUUGUGACCGCAUCACCGGACAGUGCUCCUGUAAAUCUGGCUGGUUUGGGGAGAAAUGUGAGCGACCGUGUAAAACCGGAAGCUUCGGCCCUGGUUGCAGCAUGCAAUGCGAGUGCAAGAACUCAGACGGCUGUGACCCGGUGACGGGGACGUGUCAGUGCCUCCCAGGAUGGACAGGGGUGAAGUGUGAGCAGCCCUGCAGAGACGGCUACUGGGGGAGGAACUGCAACAUGUCCUGUACAUGUAAGAAUGGGGCGUCCUGCUCUACAGAGGACGGAUCAUGCACCUGCCCUGCUGGAUUUGAGGGCACAGACUGCGAGAACAGCUGCCCUCCAGGACGGUAUGGGAAGAGAUGCACCUUUAUAUGCAAGUGCUCCGACCACGCUACCUGUGAUGCCUCAGAUGGCUCCUGUAAAUGUUUCCCUGGAUGGAGAGGCAGCGACUGCUCUGAGUCCUGCUCUGCGGGAUACUGGGGGAAGGACUGCGCCAACAGCUGCUACUGUGACAACGGAGGACAUUGCAGUCCUGUGGAUGGGAGGUGUGACUGCCUGCCGGGCUGGGCCGGGAAGACGUGUUCUGAAGACUGUUCUCUGGGAACGUGGGGAAAGGACUGUGCCAAUACCUGCUAUUGCCACAACAGGGGCCACUGCAGUCCUGUAGACGGAACGUGUACCUGUCUACCGGGAUGGACCGGGAAGGUGUGUUCUGAAGCCUGCCCCCUGUGGUCAUACGGAGUGAACUGCAUGAACAAGUGCCGCUGCAAGAACGGAGAGGCGUGCGACCAUGUAACCGGGAAAUGCACCUGUCUGCCCGGGUAUUAUGGCUACUUCUGUGAUAAAAAGUGCUCUCCUCGGACCUACGGCUUGAUGUGCUACCAGCUCUGUGACUGUCUCCACAAUGCCACCUGCGACCAUGUGACCGGUCAGUGCCAGUGUGAGGCUGGCUGGUCCGGCACACGUUGUGAAAGAGCUCCCACGGUGGAUGUCCCAUUCACAAUGGUGCCAAAGACCUCAGCGGGCACCGAUUCUAUUGGACCCAUGAUUGGCAUCAUUGCCUUAGUCAUUCUGAUGGUAGCGCUUAUUGCCUUCUUUCUCGCGUACCGACACUGGCAAAAGGACAAAGAAAGCCGCAACCGAACCGUGGCCUAUAUCGCUACCAGGCCGGUCAGCUCUGACUAUGAAGUUCCAGAUGUGCCGUCCGGCUAUUUACACUACUACACUAACCCAAGCUACCAUACGCUGUCGCAGUGUGGUCCCAUCCCACCCCCGGUGCCCAGCAGCCAGGACAGACCAGGAUCUAAAAAGACGAAUUGCAAUCCACAUUUCUCCAAUGUGAUGAACGCAGAGAGGGAGAGAAUAAGCGCUUACAGCCCGGAACACAAUGCCACCUUACCAGCUGACUGGAAGCAUCAGGGCGCACCUCUGAAUCACAAAGGGAGAAAUUGUAUUGACAGAAGCUACAGCGUUGGGGUUUACUUUAAUAGGGGAAAUGAGUACGUGAAAAAUUCCGUUAGUAACAGCUCCUUGAACAGUGAGAAUCCCUACGCUACCAUCAAAGAUAUCCCGAUGCUCAUGUCCAGGACUUCAGAGGGGAACUACAUGGAGAUGAAGUCCCCAGUCCAUCGAGAGAUGUCCUAUGCAGAGAUCGGGCUCUUUGAUGAGGAUGCCAUGUACCAGGUGGACUCAGGGGAGCAAGACAGCUUUGCGCUCGGAGCCGGAGCAGCAUCCACCAGUUCCCCUCGUCACAGUCUCCUGACCAACCACUACGACUCUCCAAAAAACAGCCACAUUCCCAGCCACUAUGACAUGCCACCAGUACGACAAUAUCCCCCAUCUCCCGGAGCAAAGCGGAAAGCCUGAUGAGGAAACGUCUUGUGGUAUAUCCUUCCUUGGACUUUGUGGAGCCCAAGCUGGAAUUGGCGGGCCUCAUUAUCUUCAUGAUCUGUGAAAACGCUUUUUGAGCUUUGUUUACAAAAUAAUGGUCCCGGUGUUUCAGUUGGGUACAAUAGAGAUGGGUCACUUGGUUGUUUCCCAUUUAAACUGCAUAGAUGUUAAUAGGAGUUUGGGAUUUGGAGACUGGUCUCCCUCUAGAACUUAAUUCUGAAGGCAUCUACUGAAGCAGAAGACAACGUUUGUGGACAUCUAAUAUGGGAAAAGAUUCAGAACUCCUAGACUGUGGAGCAUUCUCUUUGGAGUCUUCCUGAAUGACGAUGAUUAUAUAUUUGAGAUGGGAUCAUUAAUACCUGGCAUAUUAUUGGAUGCUAGGACUGUAUUUGUGUAUACACAUGGACAAUUCUGUCUUCUGCGUCUCGGCAUGCGGAUCAUUCCUUCCUAAACAGUGUCAACAAAUAACCGCGGACAAAGCGCCGUACCUAAAUGGCCGAGACACUGAAUAAAGGAAUCUUCAUUCAUUUAUGGGUGGAUUUUGGACCAGAAUUGAAGUAAAUGUGUUGGAAAAUGUUCUUGGCACAGACGAGCAGCGUGUAUGGGCAGAGUUGGCGCCUUGGUAUUUGAAUGAUCUAUUUUGCCACUUAUUCUAGUAAUGAAGAAUACGGGUGAAACGGGCGUUUAUGCCAAACACGUCUGUCUUGGUUGUAAAGAGCAUGGCAGAAUUUCAGAAGAUGUCUUGAAAAUCCCAACCUGCACUUACUAUAUGCUGGUCAUUAAAGAAAAACAAAACUAAACCACAAAAACAAACUGGUAGUGUUUAAAAGUAAGGUUAUAUUUCAUGGUUUUGUGCAAGUGUAAUUUACUAUCUGCCUGGUAUUUACCUUGCUUUCGGUUUGAUGCGGCGGCGGUUCCAAGUCAUGGUAGAUUAAAGUUGCCGAUUAAUUUCUCACCGAAAUAAAUUAAGAAAAACAUGAACGUGAUUUAUAUCUGUGUGUCCUUCACAGGGAUUAUACAUGAUGGUUCAACUUAAGGAGUCGAUUUGGAGUCGGUGGACAUCAAGUGGAAAUCCUCAUUGCCUACUGUUAUUCUGUCCACAACCCAACUGUUAUCAUUAGAUGUCUUGCACAGUACUAAGGUGUUAAUUCAGAGUUGAUCGUAUCUACGAUCAUUUACUCUUACAUGCGGGGGUACGCCCAGCACAGAGCUAGUCCGCCCCGCAAGUCAGGGCCUACACCCUCCCCCGCACAGAAACAAAAGCAUCGCACAUCCACCAAAACGGUGGCCAGAUGCCGCUGGCCCGCUCCCCCUCGCCUUGCAAACGCCUCUGCCUGUCAGUCAGGCAGAGGCGAUCGCUGGGCUGAGAUGCCGAUAGCUUCUCUGGCAUGCGCCGGUGCACUGCGGCGACCGUGCAUGCACUGUUCAGACCUGAACGCCCGCUGUGUAAAAAUGCACAGCAGCUCUCAGGUCUGAAUUAGCCCCCAGGUGGAAGAUAUCCAACCGGAACAGGCUUUGUGUUUCCUUAUACGCGGCUACAGACCUCUAGCUACAAAUUCCCGCCCCAAACUUCCAUAGAAGCAGGAUCAGCCAUCAGUCACUAGUGGACCGCGUUCUUCAGGUCCAUUCAUGUGUUAUCCAAGAUCCCAGAGCAAUCUCAACGUAAAAGUGAAAUCAUGUGUUUUAUUGCCUGUACAGGCGUCCUAUACCCGCACACUUGUGAUGUCCUAUCCAAUGGAUUCUGCAUCUGUUCUGCACCUGAUAUAUUGUCCUGCCGGUGGGUUGCCCGUACACACAGGCAGAUGUGCCAGUAUAUAUCAGCGCGGCCCAUUCUCUGCACUAUAUCGGUUAUAGACCUAUUGGCUAUAAACACGAGCCGGUGGUCCAGCCGGUAUAUCUUAUAUAUUAUAUGUAUAGUGUAUUGCUGGGUAGAACAUCUGCUGAUUCACUACUUAUACAGAUAAGGAACUUUGGCGCCGGUGAUAUCCUGACAUUGGUUUCUUUUGUUGAAAGUGUAUUUGCAUGUUAUUUAAUUUUUUUUAUUCUUUUAACAUGUAAUAUCUCUUCUGAGACCUUCAGGGAAAUAUUUGUGUUUGAAAUAAAUUAUGCCAACAUCGUACAA